AUGUCAACUCUCCAGAAUAAGACCAUCGUCGUAGUAGGCGGCUCGUCCGGAAUCGGCUUUGGUGUUGCUCUUGCUUCCCUCCAGUACCUUGCAGCGACUGUGAUUAUUGCAUCGAGCAAUAAAGGCCGUGUAGAAGGCGCAGUCUCACGUUUGAAAGCCUAUAACCUACCUGGCGAGGUCCGUGGAGAGGUCCUGGAUGCAAAGGAUUCCAGCGCAGUCAAGGCCUUCGCAGCCGCGUUAGGUCUUGUAGACCAUGUUGUCUGGACGGGUGGGGAGGUUCCCAAGGGAGAAGAAGGUGGAGGGUUGCCUUAUUCAAACGUUCAGUCCGCGGAAGAAGGCCAAGCCAUUUUUACACUCGGGUUCUGGGGACCAUUCAUUCUUGCGAGGAAUGUCAAAUUCAAUCCAGGAGGGUCCUUGAUACUUACCGGAGGGGUAGCCGGACACAGGCCUUUCCCAGGGGGAUAUUUGGCCAGCGGUGCAGUCUCUGCAUUGGAGGGUUUGACCAGGGGACUGGCAUUAGAAUUUUCUCCUAUUCGUGUAAACCUCGUAUGCCCCGGUAUGAUUCUCGAUAAAAUGUUCGGCGAACACAAAGAUAGCAUUGUGAAAGCGUACAACGAGAAAAUUCUCCUCAAGCGUGCUGGAGAGCCUAGUGAGAUUGCUGAGGCAUACAUUUUCUUAAUGAAAUGCGGAUACAUCACUGGUCAACCAAUUUACGUAGAAGGUGGAUUCAUGCUGCUUUAA